GCGGCUCCGUGCAGCCAUGGCGGCGCUGCGUGCCGCUCUGCUGGCGCCGCUGCUGGCGCUGAGCCGGGCCGGGCCGGGACCGGCGGCCUCCGCCCACGUGGAAGUGGCCGUGUCGGGGCCGGGGGACGCGGCCGGGGACGGCGACGGGACGGCGGCGGGUCCCGGCGGCUCCUACACGCUGCACGGGGCCCUGCUGGGAGGAGGGAGCGGGCCGGGCAGCGGGGAGCCGCGGGAAGAGGAGAUCGGGGGGCGGCUGGUGUUGGUGGGGGAUGCGGAGCCGGAGCUGGGUGCUGCUGACAGCUGGAUCGGGGUGGUGCCCGUGGGUGAGGAGCCAACAGACAGCCCUCGCAGUGCCAAGGAGGAGUCCUUCACUGCUGCUGUGGUCAGCAAGAUGAAGCGAGCCCUGGUGCUGGGGGCCUCAGCCCUGCUCAUCCUGGCACUGAACCAGAAUGCGAUCCGAGAGCUGGAUGUCUCCCAGCUCCUUGCCAAGCCCAUCAUCGUGAUCCAAUCCUCGGACAACGUCACCAGGCUGCUGGGAGCACUGCUGCGAGGACUACGGGCGACAGCGAAGAUCACAUACCAGGCGGUGCUGCUGGAGAACCUGGGGGUGACGCUCACCCUGUGGUCCACCUGUGGCCUGUCCCGAGGGGGCCUCUAUGGCGAGUGGCAGGGUGUCAUCUGCACCGGGGAGAACAGCUCGCAGGUCCAGAAGUACCUGCAGCAGCUGUGGAACACCAUCCUGCUCGUCGCUCUGCUCCUCUGCACGGGGGUGAUCGUGCAGGCGCAGCGGCAGUCACGGCAAGGCCUGUCGGAGCGGGAUGCUGAGCUGGACCUGAAGCAGCUCAUUCGGCGGCGGCUGCUGGCCCUGAAGACCCGGCGGUACAAUCCUGGCAAGGCGCUGCGGAGCCGGGCCUGCGAGAUAGACAGCUGUGCCGUGUGCCUGGACCAGUUCAGCAAGAGCCAGUGGCUGCGCGUGCUGCCAUGUUCCCACGAGUUUCACCGGGACUGUGUGGACCCCUGGCUCCUCCUGCAGCAGACCUGCCCACUCUGCAAGCAUAACAUCCUAGGGAACUGCUGUGGAGAGAGCUAGUCGGCCCAACGGACGUGCUCCAGGGACAGACGGACCCAUGGCUGCUCUGGGAAGAGCUGGGGAAGAACAGGGCAGGCGUGGGGUGAGCUGUGCUUGGAACUGGAGCAAGGCUCAGCGCAGCCAUGCCCUUUGCAGCACCAGGCAGAGCCUGGCCCUUAGGAGAGUGAAGACUCUGGGGGGUUCUCCCUGCUUGGUGUGAGUAGAGGGGCCAGGGGCAUGGCUGGGCAUUAAUCAAAUGGCUGGGGGAUGGGUGCCAGGGAAAGCACUCGUGGGUAUAACUGGGGAGGGGCCACUGAGGCUGUCGGCGGAGUCUGCAGGUACUGAAGGGAAGAGCGCAGGUCUGGCUGUUCCCUCUCCCUGCUCAUCAUUUUUUCUAAGUCUUUUCUAUUUGCCUGUGGCUGCAACAGGUGGGCAGCACCAGGCUGGGAGCCCGCCUGCACCUGGGGCUCUGCCAUAGCUGAGGGACG